GAGCCGGAGCCGGAGCCGGGCAGCGGCGGCAUGGCCCCGUCCGCAGCCUCCCGCGCCUAGGCGGGACCGGGACCGGGGUCGGGGCCGGCGGAGCCAUGGCCAAGGACCAGCUGAAGCCGCGGCUGUGCCACAUGCUGAAGGGCGAGCAGGGCUACGGCUUCCACCUGCACGGCGAGAAGGGCAAGAGCGGCCAGUUCAUCCGCAAAGUGGAGCCCGGCUCCCCGGCUGAAGCGGCGGCGCUGCGGGCCGGGGACCGCGUCGUCGAGGUCAACGGCGUCAACGUGGACAAGGAGACGCAUCACCAGGUUGUGCAGCGCAUCAAAGCUGUGGAGGCCGAGACUCGCCUGCUGGUGGUGGAUAAGGAGACGGACGAAUACCUGCGCAGCCUGCGCCUGACAUGCACCGAGGAGAUGGUGCACACCGGGAUCCUGCUGACCUCAACCGUGUCUCCAGUCAAGUCAUCCAGCAGCGACAACGGGGACGUCUGGAAGCCCCAGCUGGAUCUGAGUGGCGGGGGUCUCAAAAGGCACUCGCACAGCUUCAGUUCGGAGAGCGGGAAGAAGGACGUAAACGGACAAACGAAGGAGUCGCGCCCUCGCCUCUGCCACCUGAAGAAAGGCCCCAACGGCUAUGGCUUCAACCUGCACAGCGAAAAGUCCCGACCCGGGCAGUUCAUCCGCUCCGUGGACCCAGAUUCGCCAGCAUCUAAAGCAGGACUCCGGCCUCAGGACAAGCUUAUAGAGGUGAACGGGAUAAAUGUGGAAGGCAUGAAGCACUCGGAGGUGGUGUCGCACAUCAAGUCCAAGGAGAAUGAAGCCAAGCUCCUUGUGGUGGAUCCCGAAACGGAUGACUACUUCAAGAAACUGGGCGUCAUCCCAACGGAGGAGCACAUCAAAGGUGGUGUGCCUCAGCCUAUUACCAACGGGUCUCCGCAAACCCAGCUGAAUGGAGGAUCCACAUCUUCGUCCCACAGCGAUCUCCAAAGUCCUGGGAAGGAAUCAGAGGAGGGGGACUCGGAGAAGAAGGACCCAUUCGAGGAGAGUGGGCUGAACCUGAGCCCAACAGCAGCAGAGGCCAAGGAGAAGGCACGCGCCAAGCGGGUGAACAAGAGGGCCCCGCAGAUGGACUGGAACAAGAAGCGGGAGAUUUUCAGCAACUUCUGAGCCUUGCGGCAGCGCCUCCCCUCCCGUGCCCACCCCCUGCCUUCCCCACCGGACGUACCCACCGGACGUGAGCUCCCUGCCCCUGGUGUCGCUUUGUGCCCUGCUCUCCAUGGGUUGCUUUUACAAGGCAGAUUUUAACAUCUUUUUAUUGACAAGCGGUUCUAACAGAACGCGACCAGAGCCCCUUUCAUUGCUCCAGGCGCCCCACAACACCAGCGAGGAAGGACUGGAGGGGCUUCCUUUGUCAUCUGGGCCUGCGGUCUUUAGGGUUUUUCUGGUUUUAGGGUCCCCCUGUCCCCCAAGAAUUCUGGAUGGAGCCGGGACAGAUCUCUUAUUCCAAAGCCCCCUGCCGAGGGCUCUCAGACUUGCAAAUUCUCCCUCAGAGGAAUCGAAAUGUGCUGCAGCAUUAGGGGAUGAGUGGCUGAGCCCCCCAGCCUGGGCUCCAGAAGUCAUUGCUCGUGGGGUGGGACUGGGGUCAGCAGCUCUGUAUUUCUCUCCCCUUGGCUUUGCUAUCCAUAAGGCUUUUUUUUUUUUUUUU